AUGUUCCGCCCGAGCGGAAGUGGCUUCCGCCAGAGGUUGACGGACCUCACUUUGAAGGGUGCCCUUUACGGGUCGUGGAUCCUGGGCGUGUUCCCCUUCACAUACGACAGCUGGACGCGGAAGUUGCACCGCUCCAAGUGGCUAAUUGCGUAUGGCUUAAUCCUGAAUGCGGCCCUCUUCCUGCUGGUGGUCUUCAAUGACACGGAGAGCGAAACGCCGAUGAAGGUGGAGCUGUUCCAUAGGAACGCACUGGCGGAGCUGGUCAACCGAAUCCACGACAUCCAGAGCCUUUCGAUGGUGUCCUUGGUGCUGCUGAGAGGGUUUUGGAAGGCCGGGGAUGUAGCAAACAUUCUGAACGAACUGAUGGACCUCCAGCAUCGCCACUUCCGGCAUUAUCCUUUGGAGGAGUGCCGCGGCUUCGAUCGGUUUAUCCUGUACAAAGGCGGCUCGGUGGCUCUGGAAUUCAUCUCCAUGUUGAUUUUGGACCUGGGAAUGUCUCCGAAUUACAGUCGCCAGUUUCUCUUGGGAGUGACUAGCAUUUGCACAUUGUUACUUGUUGUCCUCCUGGGAGCCUCACAUUUUCACCUGGCAGUGCUUUUCGUCUAUCGAUUCGUGUGGAUCGUCAAUAGGGAGCUACUCAGGCUCGUAAAUAAUUUGGCAAAUGGAGAAACUGUGGAGUCAGCCAGAAUAGACUAUCUGCUGAAUCUUUACCAUCGCCUUUUGAGCAUCAGUAAUCGAUUGAUUGACAUCUACGACUAUCAAAUGGUCUGGGUGAUAGUCAACUUUCUACUGGCCAACAUUAUGGCCAUUUACUUCUUCAUCAUCUACACCAUCAGUCUACACAACAAACCGGACUUAAAAACGUUAAUCUUUUGCCAAGCAGUGUUAAUCAAUGUGAUAGACUUCUGGCUCAGCAUUGAAGUUUGUGAGUUGAUGGAAAGAACAGGAAGACAAACGUCGUCCAUUCUUAAAUUGUUCAAUGAUUUCGAACACCUGGAUGAGAAACUUGAGAGGAGCAUAACCGACUUUGCCCUUUUCUGCAGUCAUCAAAGGCCCAAGUUUCGACAUUGUGGCUUGUUUUACGUGAACUACGAGAUGGGAUUUCGGAUGGCCAUCGCCAGUUUCCUGUACUUGCUGUUCCUCAUUCAGUUUGAUUUUUGGAACCUGUGA